CAUCCAUAGCUGCUCCUCUGUGAGGAAAGCACAUAAAGUUGGACUCUUUGAGAGCACAAUCCAAAGAUCGUAAAAAUAGAGUCCGACAGAAAGAGGAAGAAAGUUUCGAUCUCGUCUGCAGAUCGAACCAAAGAAAGAGAGAGAGCAAGAGAAAGGGAAAAGAGCAAGAAGAGGUCGAAAAUGGCGUCAGCCGAUCAGGUCAGGGCAUCUCACAUACUCGUAAAGCACGAGGGCUCUCGAAGGAAGGCGUCCUGGAAGGAUCCUGAAGGUCGCGUAAUCAAGAACACCACCAGAGACUCUGCAGUCUCUCAGCUUAAAGUCUUCCGCGACGACAUCAGUUCUGGCAAGGCUAAGUUUGAGGACAUCGCCUCUCGUUUCUCCGAUUGCAACUCCGCCAAGCGCGGCGGCGAUCUCGGUCCAUUUGGUCCAGGCCAGAUGCAGAAGCCCUUUGAAGAUGCAACAUAUGCUCUUAAGAUUGGUGAGAUAAGUGACGUCGUGGACACUGACAGUGGGGUGCACAUUAUUAUGAGAACUGGUUAAUUACAGAAGUGUUGAAUAUAUCCAAUGAUUUUUCAGUGUACUUGUCAAACAGAUGACAAGAUUGCAUUUUGCUUUCAGUUAACUUAAUACCACCAUAUUGUGGUGCUACUUCUUGGGUUCUUAUUGUGUGAGAUAUUGACUUAUUGAUGCAUUGUUCGCUUGCACUAGUCUGAUUCGAAUGCUUGGGAUUACAUUGCCCCUGAAAAUUUCUGGUUGUGGUUUGAGAUAAUUUGACUGACUAUAAUAAUGACUUUUAUUUUAA